GUUGUCCAGGACCCUCUGUACCCUCAAAGGCAUGGAAGAGGCCUAGCUAUACAAAGCUAUGCUGUACCUAGACGUAGUUUCAGAAGUUAGCUUUGGCUCCCUGAGAUAAAAUAUCCAAUUAUUCCCUGCAGCAAUCGGGGCAAGUGAUAUAACUAGCUGCAAUACUUGGAAAAGCAGCUUUGAUCACCCAUCCAAAAAAACAUUUAUGGACUAUUUCAUGGACAGAGUCUGCAAUAGAAAUGGUGACCUCUAGCAGCAUGAUCAACUCACAGUAGAAGUUAUGAGGAUUUUUCUUUUUGGUAAACUGUUAUCUCCUAAUACAGAUGCAAGAGCAUGUAGUGGAUGAAAUUGACUAGAGUGGUGAUCUUUUGGUGACAGCUGAUGGGAAGGUUAGAUUUCAGAUAGUUUCUCUUUGUAGCAUAUAAACAUGUAAGUAUCAAAUUUCAUGAUUCUAGCUCAACAGGAAAGUGUCAUUGAGUCAUCUGUUACAAGGGUGUAUAUUUAAUAUGACCUGCACACUUCAUUCCAGAGCCUUUCCAAAAAUAAUAUAUACACACAGUUAAACAUUAUUUUGGAAAUGUUCUGAAAGAAAUAUACUUUGUAAAAUAUUCCUAUUUAAGGCGGUGUUCUUGGCCAAUUUACAUCAGGGGACAAACUGCUGUUUUAGAUAAGAAGAAGUCUUGAAUGAGUUUAGUGGAUUUAGCUUUCGGGUAAUAAACUUGGAUGUUUAUAUCAAAUAUAAUGGAAUUGAAUUAACAAACAAAGUACACACCAGGCUUAAGGCCAGAAGGGGCCAAUGCUAUUAUCUAGGCCAACCUCCUGUAUAACACAGGCUGUAGGAUUUGAUUUCACCCAUCCCAUUCCUUCAUUUAACCCAGUAACAUAUGAAGGUUAGACAAUUUUUCAACUUCUUCUGUUUUUGUGAAGUUUCAGUGACACAAUGGAUCCUGGGAACAGAGGAAGAAUUCACUCCGUGAGACUUAUCUGCUCUCUGUUAAUCAUGGGAGUGUUUUGUGUGACUCCUUUCUUCUGCCACAGCCAAAAUGAUCCACUGGCCCUUGGCCGAGCUGAUCCCCAGUGCUGGGAGUUCUCCACAGCUGCCUUGCUGGAGAUGAGGAAGCCACGUAUUUCUGACUCAGUCAGUGGCUUUUGGGACUUUAUGAUCUUCCUGAAGUCAUCAGAGAACUUGAAGCAUGGGGCUCUGUUCUGGGACCUGGCUCAGCUCUUCUGGGAUAUCUAUGUAGACUGUGUGCUCUCCAGAACCCAUGGCCUAGGGAGGAGGCAACUGGCGGAGGCUGAACAGAAAAUCACAGCUCUGCAUUCUCAGCUCACAGAGCAAAAGCAAGGGACAUUUUCUCACAAUCAGAGGACACGAGUGCUGAACAAGAAAGAGCUGAUUGAAGACUUAAGCAUCCAUGUGCACAAGAGUGGAUCUGCAUUACUCCGAAGAGUUAUUGGAGGGCUAGGGAUAAAGAGGAAACAAUGAGUCUAGUCUGAGGUUUAUCUGUACAGUGGAUAUUUUUUAAACUAUUUCCUUUUGAUUUUUGUUUUUAAUCUUCAUUGGAAAGCUGCUCUCGGUGGAGGGGGAGUGCCUGUAGCUAUCAACGUUGUACCUUUGGGUUAGCUUUGACUUUUUGGACUGUUGUGGCUCUUCUUUUUUUUAAAUGAUGCCCAUGAAUUCAGUCUCUUUAACAAACGGCAUGAUUUAUAAGCAGUUGGCCACCUUAUUGUGUACAUGAGCUACUGAAAUUGUCUGGGGGGCUGCUGGAGAAUAAGGCCCAGUCAUGCAACUGGAUGUGUACAGGCAGAGCAGGGGACCAACACGGAGCUCUACUGAAGUCCACAGUUUUGCCUGUAUGGAUUCAGUUACAGGAUUGGAGCCAAGUAGCUGUACUUGCUCUGUUUUAACUAUAGUUUUUUACAUAUAAGGCACAAACAGCAGCCAAAAGAUCAUCCUAUUUAAAAAUAAAGAGUUAAAAAAAUCCAGAACCUCCGAACUUCAAGCUUCCAGUUUUUCCCCAUAGGUUAAUAAGACCCAAACAUUCUCCACACCAUAAGUGAACAGAUGUUCGCAAAGUUAACAUUCCAGGAAGAGCGUCCAUAAACAACACCCACAUGCAUAUUCAUUUUCAUGAUGUACAAUAGCAGCUAUUUCCCUCAGGUAGCACCUGAUCCUGCUCCACUGCAGUCAGUAGGCGUUUUGCCAUUGAUUUCACUGGGAGCAGGAUCGGCCCUGAGAAACCAAAAUGAAGUAAGUCAAAAGUAAGAAACAAUUCUAUUCUAAAGAAAGCACACACAAAAAAGCUUUCGGUGUCAGUUUCAAUCAGCACAUGGUUACCUUUCAAUUCCCAAGGGAUGCUAGAAUAAAGUUAAAUGCUGUACUGUGACC